UAUAACUUGAACCCAUUACAUUUAUUGAAAUAGUUAAACUUCUUAUUACACAUUGAAUAUGGUAACUUGUAGUCUGUAACCUAUCACAUGCCCAACACUCUCCUCCCGUUGAUGCACGCGAAGGGCGGGGCAGCGGAAGUGCGACCGGACCAUCUGAUCUUUGUCCUAUACGUAAGACCGUCGCUCCGCCCCGCUCUCCUGUCGGACCGUAUCCCCACAGCAUCCAUUUUUGUGCAUUCAAGAAAUCUCUUGGAGUUAGCAGCAACAGCAAGAGGGGAUCGCGGGGAAGUCCGCCGACAAAACCGCAAUAAGGAUCGCGGCUGAGGCAGCAGCAGACAUGGGUUAGACUGAAUUCACCAUGACUGCGAAAUAAAAGGCAAGCGCCCGUUUUAUCUCCACACACACACACACACACACAUUAAAGCUUGGGAGAAGCCCGAGGGGUUCCUCACACCUUAUUCUCAGAAGAUGCUUGUUUUUAUAAGGCAGUGUGACAAGCUUACAAUGUGCACAUGCGUGUCCCAUGCUGUCACUGGGAUGCAUAUUGAUUCCAGCUAAUAAUGCACCACUAAAUCUAUCAGUGCAGGGUGUGAAGGUGUCAGAGAUGAGCUAGCGUGUUAUUAUUAUCAAACCAUUAGCUGUCAGGGGUCUUCAUCAUCGUAAUGCAUACAGAUAAGAUCAAUACAUUCAUGCACGACACUAGAGAUGUGUUUAAUGUUCACGCAUGGCUCUCUCAGCAGCAUCCGCUCCUGAAGAUGUCAGCUUUGGGGGCCCCUGCGGCUCCCGCUCCGCCGGACCUGAGCCACCUCACCGAGGACGAGAGGAGGAUCAUCCUGUCGGUCAUGGAGCGGCAGAAGAAGGAGGAGGAGAAGGAGCAGUCCAUGCUGAAGAAGCUGCACCAGCAGUUUGAGAUGUACAAGGACCAGGUGAAGAAGAUCGGAGAGGAGGCUCCGAAGAACCCCGAGCAGAAGGGAGACUCACCCAUCUGUGGGAUCUGCCACAAAACCAAGUUUGCCGAUGGCUGUGGCCGUGUCUGUUCUUAUUGCCAAACCAAGUUCUGCGCGCGCUGUGGAGGACGCGUCUCCCUCCGCUCCAACAGAGUAAUGUGGGUAUGCAACCUGUGCCGAAAACAACAAGAAAUCCUCACCAAGUCGGGAGCGUGGUUCUACAGCGGUCCUGAGGGCUCCAGAUCAGGGCCCCAAGCCAAAGUAAGGGGACGCCCAGUCAGAGCAAACCAGGAACCUAUCAGAAACGGUUCAGGGAUCCCAUGCAGAAACAGAAGCCCAUCAGCAUCUAGGGAUCCUAACGCAGCAUAUAACCAAAGGGAGGGGGAAGGAGGACUGCAGUAUGCCCCGGCUGAAGGAGGCAUGCCCCGCUCUCCGUCCGACUACGGACGUGACCCUGGCCAUUCGCCGAGGAGUUCAAGAAUGUACAAUGAGGUGGACGGUAAUCAAGACAGCCGAGGACGCUGGCACUCGCAAGGCCAACGUUUGGAUGGCCAGCUAGAGGACUAUGAACUCCAAAGACGGCGUGAGGAGGAAUACCAGGCCCGAUACCGCAGCGACCCCAAUCUGGCGCGCUACCCAGUCAAACCCCAGCCCUACGAGGAGCAGAUGCGCAUCCAUGCCCAGGUGUCACGGGCUCGGCACGAGCGGCGUCAUAGUGACGUCUCGCUCGCCUAUACAGAACUUGACGAGCCUCUCCAUGGGCCCGGUGGGCGGCAAUCACGCCUCCCUUCGUUGGGAGGCCCAAGUCAACGCUCAUACUCCAUGGACAGGAGUUCACCGGGACAUCGGAUGUCAAAUCACAGCCCACCAACACCACACCGCAGCCCUGUGUUGGGCGAUAGCCGGCGAGGACUGGCAGAGCCAACGAGGAAACCCAUUUCCCAACAGCACCACUUGGACCCCAAAAUGGAUAUCAUUCUACGAAAUGACUCUCUAAGCUCGGACCAAUCCGAGUCGGUUCGUCCUCCUCCACCUCGACCGUACCGCAGCAAACGCCUAGGCAAGCUCAGAACCAUGGGUAGCUUCAGCAGCUCAGAAGAGGAGCUGGCAACCACGCCAGAGUACACCAGCUGUGAGGAUGUGGAGCUGGAGAGUGAGUCCUUCAGCGAUAAAGGCAACAUUCAAAGGGGAAAAAGAAAAACAAAUGAGCAGGCAUAUUUUUUGGACGCCAGUUAUGCCCCGUCUGAGAGGCAAAAGACAGUGGUGCGAUUUCGGGAGCUCUCCCACGACGCAGAUGUGGAGUGGUGCGAACCGCAGGUCAAAGAUUCAGGGGUUGACACGUGCAGUAGCACCACGCUAAACGAGGAGCAUAGCCAUAGCGACAAGCACCCGGUGACAUGGCAGCCAUCCAAAGAUGGAGAGCGCCUAAUAGGGCGGGUGGUGCUAAACAAGCGGAUGAAAGAUGGCACGGUGCCCAGAGACACGGGGGCACUGCUGGGCCUCAAGGUGGUGGGAGGGAAGAUGACCGAGUCUGGCAGACUUUGUGCUUUCAUUACGAAGGUGAAGAGAGGAAGUCUAGCAGACACUGUCGGCCAUCUCCGACCAGGGGAUCAGGUCCUGGAGUGGAACGGGAGGGUCUUACAGGGAGCCACAUUCAAGGAAGUUUACAACAUCAUUCUAGAGUCCAAGCCAGAGCCGCAGGUGGAGCUGGUGGUCUCACGGCCCAUCGGAGAUGUCCCUAGAAUACCAGAGAGCACACAUGGACAACUGGAAUCAAGUUCAAGUUCCUUUGAAUCGCAAAAGAUGGGUCCGUCCAUCUCGGUCACGUCCCCCAUGAGUCCUGGCAUGCUCCGGGACAACCCUCAGUAUCUGUCCGGACAGCUCUCGAGUCCAUGCCUUAGUAGAAGAACCACGCCUUUUGUCCCUAGGGUCCAGGUCAAGCUGUGGUAUGAUAAAGCAGGACAUCAGCUCAUCCUCACUAUCCUGGGAGCCAAAGACCUGCCUUCAAGGGAAGACGGGCGACCCAGGAAUCCAUACGUCAAAAUCUACUUCCUCCCCGACAGAAGCGAUAAAAGCAAGAGAAGAACGAAAACAGUGAAGAAAUCUCUGGAGCCCAAGUGGAACCAGACGUUCAUGUACUCGCCGGUGCACAGACGAGAGUUCAGGGAGCGCAUGCUGGAGAUCACGGUGUGGGACCAGGCCCGAGUCCGAGAGGAGGAGAGCGAGUUCCUGGGAGAGAUUCUGAUCGAGCUGGAGACGGCGCUGCUGGACGAUCAGCCUCACUGGUAUAAGCUCCAGACACACGACCUGUCCUCGAUGCCGCUGCCGAACCCCUCGCCCUACAUGCAGAGACGCCUCCUGCACGGAGAGAGCCCCACACGCAGGCUACAGAACAAGGGCCCAUAUUUUUACAGCUCAGGGUCACAGAGAAUCAGUGACAGCGAGUUCUCUGAUUACGACUGUGAAGACGGGAUUGGUGUUAUCUCAGAUUACAGGCACAAUGGCAGGGAUUUCCAGAGCUCCACUCUCUCUGUCCCGGAGCAGGUGAUGUCGUCCAAUCACUGUUCCCAAUCAGACAUGUCCCGCACACGCUCGCGCUCACCCAGUGUGCCUCCACCGCAAAGUCGAAGUUUAGACCACGGUGUGAGAGGAGGACCCUCGCUUUAUGGCCCCCGACAUCGCCUGUCUGAAGACAGAUACUCACCAGACAGCCAGUAUCUUACCCUCCCUCCUCGAACCAGACACAGACAGCCAAGCAUCGACCCCGCUAUCCAGGACCCCAGCAUGUACCCCCUCUAUCGGGAGGAUGCGGUCAGGUUACUGCGCUCCACUAGGAUGGCCCGUGCAUACUCAGACGGGGCUUACAAUAGCAUGGACAGGAGGAUGAGGAGAGAUAGACAAAUGUCUGCCUACAGUGACUCGUAUGAAUCUCCUGAGAGAUAUUACAAUGGGCCCAAUCAUGUAUCUACUCCAUGGCCCAAUCAUGUCAUGAAUGGAAACGGUGGAGACUACAGGACAUGCCCCAGGAUAGAAAUUGAGCCUUCUACAGAUACAGAAAGAGAGGACAAUAUCCCAGAGUUUCCAGCUAACCAUGAACACUUUGAGGACGAUCUGAGGGCAAACAUCCGCUCCGGAUCGGUCCAAACAAGUCCCAGCAGCACGCCAGUCUCCAGUCGAAGAGGGCGCCAGCUACCACAAGUCCCUCUGAAGGGCUCGGUGGACAGAAAUGAUGGCGAGGGCAUUACCGAACCUUAUGAAGCAGGAACAGGGGCGGUACCUCAGCCUCCUGCUCCGCCCCCUGUUCUCUCCCAGCUUCCACAGAUACUGACUGCGGUGGGAGGGGCUUCACAACCCCUGGCCCCGCCCCCUCCACCUCCACAAGGCACACAAGCAAUGGCUGCUCAUAUGGGGAUGGAGUCUCCUGUCCUGGGCCCUGCUGCCACCCAUGCCCCUGUACCUCCUCCUGCACAUGCUCCUCCCCCUCCUGCACACGCCCACCUAGCUUCUUCAGUUGCCACUCCCCCACCCACACAUGCCCCUCCCACUCCAGCUCCUGCCCCUCCUCCUCCUCCUCCUCCUCCUCCUCCUGCUCCAUCAUCAUCAUCCUCACCGCUCGUCUCGCAGGCUUCUGUGCCAGAUUCCCAGGAAGAGUCUGUAGCUCCCCCACCUGUCAAUGGGAGGAAAGAGGUGACAUGGGAGGACCAGCAGAAGAAAGCUCCUGCUGUAGUGUCAGAGUCAACAGUGUCAGAGAAUGGAGAUGCAGGCACUCUGAAGGAUCCAUCAAGGCGUGGGAUGGACAGUCUCUCCAUGAGGUCGUCGGACAGUGAUGUAAGCGACGUGUCCGCUAUGUCGAGUGCGUCUCGGCUCAGCAGCACAAGCCACAUGUCUGUCCAGUCAGAAAGAGUGCGAGCGGGCCGCAGGAUCAGCCGUGUGGAGGCUCUUCAGAGUCAGGGAGAGGAGGGCUCUGUCUCUGUGGAAGAGCAGGUGGAAGCCACUACAGCGAACACAGAGGGGGCGGGGCUUGAAGGGGAGGUGGGUGGGGCUACAGUCAACCCAGAGGAAGAGGAAGAACAGGAGGAACCUGAGAGUGAGUUUACAUCUAAAAUGAAACACAGGGCUCAGACGGCCACCCCGGGGUCCAACAUCACCAAGAGCUCCAGUGUGGGUGGAGACAUGUGCUCGCUGGGCAGGAACGACGACGAGGACGACGACAAGAAGAGGCGCUCCAGCUUCGGAGCCAAGAUGGCCGCCAUGGUGGGACUGGGGAAGAAGAGUCAGAGCACCUCCCAGCUGGACCCAGAGCAGGAGGGUAAGAAGAAGAAGCCGGUGCGUCUGGCGAUCCAGCGGAGUGUAGAGACUGGUUUAGCAGUCGAGAUGAAGAGCAGGAUGACACGGCAGCCCAGCCGAGAGACCACUGAAGAGGGUGAAAAGGCAAAACCUGGAAAUCUAAUCUUCCCUGGAGUGAAGAUCUCAUCAGAUAGCCAGUUCACUGAGUUUUUGGAUGGUCUUGGCCCCGCCCAGCUUGCAGGGAGACAGACACUGGCCACGCCCCCAAUGGGUGACAUCCAGAUCGGUAUGGUGCACAGGAAGGAGAGGCUGGAUGUUGAAGUUAUUCGGGCUCGAGGCCUGGUGGGCAAACCAGGGAACAAACAGACGCCAGCACCUUAUGUAAAAGUAUAUCUGCUGGACAACGGGAAGUGCAUCAACAAAAAGAAAACUCGGACGGCGAGAAAAACACUGGAUCCUCUUUAUCAACAGCAGCUUCAGUUUGAGGAGAAUCCUGAGGGGAAGGUUUUACAGAUCAUUGUUUGGGGGGACUAUGGACGCAUGGACCACAAAUCCUUCAUGGGAGCCGCCCAGAUCCUGUUGGACGAUUUAGAGCUGACCAACAUGGUGAUUGGCUGGUACAAGCUUUUCCCUCCCACCUCAUUAGUGGACCCAACCUUGGCACCUUUAAGUAGUAAACCUCCAGGUUCAGGCCUGGACAGUUCCAGCGUUCGGUCGUAGCGGCGCGAGGAGAUGCGUAGAGAGCGGCGAGAGUAGCUCCAGCUACAGACAGAGAGGAGACGGUCUGGACAGGACACGUCCUGGUCACACUGCAUGCUUGAUGUUGUGUCCUCUGAGCCCGUGCGACAAGAGGCUAAGAAAAGGCCUGCGUCCUGCUGCCAAAAAAAAAAAAAAAAGAUAAAUGAAAAGAAAAUGUAUGCUGCUGUCGCACGCAGGGAAAGAACGCCACAGAAAAAGUCUCUCCGUUCAGCUGAAGAGAUGCAGCCAGGGAUUCGGCGGAGUCUGACUCUUAACCGUAGGACGUUAAGAGUGCUGAUUUCCACCGGAAAAGGAAGACGCCGAUGUACUCUGGCUGCUUCCUCUCUGUUGUAUUCAGAGAGAUGUCAGUGUUUCUUACCUACAGUAGCGUUGUAGCCAUUACUGUAAGCCAAGCUGUCGAAAGAAGAUCCAUAAAGAGAGAAGCGCUUGGCUAAGAUGAGACCGAAAAGAGAAAGGGUAACCACAGAGACUUGACGUUCUCAUGGGAAUGAGAUCUCCACUGGAUUGAUCUUCAGAGUUCGGCGAUGAAUGAGAAAUGGAUAAGUUCCUGUUUGAUUGGGGGAGGGAGAAAAAGGAAAUUAAUUUAAUAAAUAAUAGACUUUUUUUUUUUGUGCUCCGGUAUAAUGAUCUCUUUGUUGAUGUACUGUAUGAAAUUUAAGAGAUUAUUAUUAUUUUUUUUUUUUUUUUGCAUGGAUGCAGAGUUGUUAAAAAAAAGUUUAUUUUCCUCAAGACUUGAAAAAAAAAAAGAGAGUGAGAGAGGGGAAGAAACUUAUUUAAGGAUGACCAGAUCAGCCAUUUUCAACAAUUUGUAUUAUUUUUAAUAUGAAAUUCUCUAGUGCAUGAUUUUCAAAGAGACUGAAUGCAAAAUGAAAACGAUGUGAUUGUCAUCCUUUAGAAUAUUCUUCUGUAUUUUUACAGAUCUCGGUUACAGGUGUGGCCUGAUGAGACUUUGUAGCUCAUAUUGUUAACAGAGGAAAAAAAAAGCAAUGGAUUGUCGAGGAAAACAAUAAAUGUACAAUAUUGAUUCCGAUAUAAAAACGAACAGGAAUAUUGUUCAUUCCUCCCUUCAAAUGCAGCCAUAUCCUGUGUUCAUGUGGAGACGGAGCUGUAGAUUAUGGGUCUGUCAUGAUUCUACCGUUCUGUUACAAGAGAAUGGCUCGUUUAUUCAAAGCAAGCAUGUUGAAAAGGAUCUGCAACAUGGAUCGAGCACACCGUCUGAGUAAUACAGCAUGUUUUGAUAGAGACAUCUGGGAAUUUUUCGCAGUUUUGUGUACAGUGCAUGUGGACCAGAGGCUGGGCCGUCCCCUGAUCUAGUGUCGUCCACAGAUUCAGGUCGGGGUUGAGGUUUUGUGGCCGACGGUUCAGACAUUCAACGCAACAUUCCACCUCUUGGCACUCAUCUUUUCUUGACGUUUUGAAAAGAAAAAAGAAAAAAGAACAAGGAAAAGAAAAUCAAACGUCUAAAAAAACAAGAGGGAAAAAAAUUUCUAUUUAUUCAAGUUUGACUUGAAACAAGGUUGAAAGUAUAUUUUAUUUUAUUAUUGUUCUAAAGAAAAUGUCCUAAAAACAGAUCCCAUUGGAUGGUGCUGGACGAAGUCUCUGAACUGGGAGAGGACUGGACAAUGUUCAUUCUCCUUGUGCUGUUCAAUGCAACAGACACUGCUUGUCGAAUGAGGAGCGAGUCACAGUUUGUGGAGAUGGGGAAAAUUGCCACACAAUAUGAAUUUUUAAUUGUUUCUUGUUUUGAGAGAAUAAAAUUCAUUUACUAA